AUUCUGGUAAACUGAUAAAACCAGAUAAAGAAUUACACCACAGAACUGAGAAAUUACCUAUAAAGACAGCACAGGAGAAAGGGAAGUAUCGCUCACCGUCAUCUGUCGUUAUACGGUCUUAGUUGUAUAUAUGCGACACUCUCAGUCAAUAUACGUCCUUAUUUUUCUGAUUAUGUCGUGUUUGUUAGAAAGAAUUAAUCAGAUAUCCAUAUCUUUUAUCAUUUUAUGGUAAGUGUGGAAAAUAAUAAAUGUGUGGUAUCAUAUAAUACAAAUAGGAGCUUCGAUUAACGCUGAGCGUCAAUUCAUUUGUGGCGGCACUCGACAACGCAAAUACCGCCACUCGAGACUAACUAGUAACGGACGACAACCAGUAGCAACUAAAUACCCCGGACAACAUACGUACACAGCCACCUCACAUUAAUGUAUUAUUUUGAAUGCACAUGUGACGAUGGCACAACAAAUCGUGAAAUUUAAUAAUGGCAAUACUUGCCCCAUUCUUGGUUUGGGUACUUGGCAGUCCAAGCCGAAUGAAGUGAUUCAAGCAGUUAAAGAUGCCAUUGACAUCGGCUACCGGCAUCUAGAUUGUGCCCCCGUUUAUGCAAACGAACCAGAGGUCGGUGCAGCAGUUGCCGCAAAAAUUAAAGAAGGCGUUAUUAAACGGGAAGAUAUUUUUAUCACGAGUAAAUUGUGGAAUACGUACCAUCAACCUGAUCUAGUCGAACCUGCAUUAAAGAAAACUUUGAAUAAUCUUGGGCUGGAAUACCUCGAUCUUUACUUGAUGCAUUCACCAAUGGGGUUCAAGCCUGGUGAUGAUCCAUUCCCUACAGAUGCUGAUGGUAAAACUAUAAACGAUGAUACUGAUUAUGUCGAUACUUGGCAUGCAAUGGAGAAUCUUGUAAAGAAAGGUCUUGUAAAGAACAUUGGAGUGAGCAACUUCAAUUAUCAACAAAUGGAACGAAUACUUUCUAACUGUACAAUAAAACCAGUGACAAAUCAGAUUGAAUGCCAUCCAUAUUUAAUUGAGAAGAAAUUAUGUGACUUUUGCAAUUCUAAAGGAGUCCUGAUUACUGCUUACUGUCCUUUCGCUAAGCCUGGUCUUAAUGUUGAUGAGCCUGUACUGUUAGAAGACUCAACAAUUACAGCGCUAGCUACCAAAUGCAAAAAAACUCCUGCUCAAGUAGUACUGCGAUAUCAAAUACAACGUGGACACAUAGUGAUUCCUAAAUCAGUAACAAAAUCGAGAAUACAAGAAAACUUUAAUAUCUUUGAUUUUGAAUUAAGUUCAGAGGAUAUGGAUACAAUAAAUAGUAUGAAUUGUAAUAAAAGAGUUGGCUUAAGACCUGAAAAUUUCAGAUUUAGUCACCACAAAUACUUCCCCUACAACACAGAAUUUUAAUAUUAUUCUAUUCAACACUAAUAAACAGAAUUUUAAUAUUAUAUUAUAAACCAUGAAUAAUGAAAUAUAUUUCUUUUUAAAUUA